AGUUAUCCCCCAGGCCCGGAAGAGAGCGCGUAGGUUCAUCGUCAAAUACCGCCGCCACCCUCCACGGGGCGAUCAGGUUCGCGACCAUGGGCGAUCCCACCCCGAGAGAGAGAAGAGAGCGCCGUCAAAUGCCACACAAACGAGGUCGAAGAUACCAUACGCGCAUACACACAGACACGCACAGAUAUCUACCUACCUACCUACCUACCUACCUACCUACCUAUAUGUACAUGCAUGCAUAUAUAGUCGAGACGUACGUGUGUACAUACACGCCUACGUGCCCCAGGAAGAGAAAAACCGGGGGUGAGGCGGCUACAACGGGCGAUGGCCACCGGCCAAUAAUCACAGUCGGAGCCCGUAGGGAGAGACAUUGUGCCGAGCAGAAUCUGUCCCACUUGCUGGAACUCUUGCGGUGGAGACGUCCGGCCUCUCUGACUGGCAUCGCAUCACUUGCAAAUGUCCCUCUCUCUCGCAUUCUACACAGCCAUGUCUAUAGCACCUCGCUUAAGGCGAAGAGAACUCGUCAGCAAGGGCCAGCUGGUUUCACCAAUAGCCUGCGCGCGGAUGGCUUGGGAACUCGUUAAUCUCAAGCCAUGCGAAUGGAAAGCAGGGCAACUAGGAUAAAUCUCACCGAAAUCCGUUUCAAUCCCCUAGUAGGCAUGGCCGAUGAUGGGCAGAGGCCACGCGAACGGGUAGCAGCCAACAGCAGCGCGGCAAGG